AUGGAAGAAGCCUGGUCCAAGUUCGCCGGUCCUACGGGUGGUAUCAACGGAGAGCCCUCCUCAAAAGCAGAGCAACUUCUUAGGCUCCUCAAGGGGAAGACUACAGUCAACGAUGUCUCUGAAAAGACCACCGACACCCCCGUCCCCUUCCCCAUUGCCAUCGUGGGCAUGGGAAUGAGACUGCCUGGGGGAGUCAGCAGCGGAAAGGAGUUUUGGGACUUUCUCAUCGACAAGCGAGAUGGGCAUUGUCCAGUACCCGAGUCACGCUACAACAUCGAAGGGUUCUACGACGAGAACCGGGAAGGGAGUAUACGAACGAAGUAUGCCUACUUCCUGCAACAUGACAUCACCCAGCUCGACACUGGCUUCUUUGGCAUGAGCAAAGUAGAAGCGGGCAAGCUGGACCCGCAGCAGCGUCUUCUGCUUGAGGUUGUAUGGGAAUGCAUGGAAAAUGCUGGCCAGACCGAUUGGCGAGGAAAGAACAUCGGCUGCUACGUCGGCGUCUUCGGGGAGGACUGGCUCGACCUACAAGCAAAAGACACGCAGUUGCAUGACAGGUAUCGGGUAAUGAGCUCUGGGGAUUUUGCGCUGUCAAACCGAGUUUCCUUUGAAUACGACCUGCAGGGACCAAGCAUCACGGUUCGAACCGGCUGCUCCUCGUCCAUGGUAGGAUUGCAUGAGGCCUGUCAAGCCUUGUACUCGGGCGAAUGCUCCUCAGCCAUUGUAGCAGGGACGAGUCUAAUCAUGAGCCCUACCAUGUCAACGACCAUGUCCGAUAACAUGGUCAUCUCUCCGAGCGGCAUGUGCCGAACGUUCGACGCUGCUGCGGAUGGCUAUGGACGAGGCGAGGCGAUAAAUGUGAUUUACAUAAAGCCACUGAACGAUGCGCUAGAAAACGGCGAUCCCAUCCGAGCAAUCAUUCGAUCGACUACUGUCAAUUGCGACGGCCGAACCCCCAGUAUCACCACUCCCGGGUCCGAAGCCCAGGAGAGACUCAUUCGAAGGGCAUACAGACGCGCGGGCAUUGACGAUGAUCACAUCGGACAAACAGCAUUCUUUGAAUGCCAUGGUACCGGAACCAUUGUGGGAGAUACUGCCGAGACUUCUGUAGUCGCCAAUAUCUUCGGCAAAGACGGCAUAUACAUGGGUGCAGUAAAACCAAACGUCGGUCAUUCAGAAGGCGCCUCUGGGAUCACGAGUGUCAUCAAGUGCGUUCUCGCGUUGGAAAAUGAGACUAUUCCUCCAAACGUCCAUUUCCGUGAUCCAAGUCCAAAGAUCCCCUUCGAAAGUGCUAAGCUACAGGUCCCCGUUGAGCCAACUCCGUGGCCAGCAACUCGCAGCAAGCGAGUGAGUGUCAACUCUUUUGGCAUUGGCGGGACAAACGCUCAUGUCAUCUUGGAAUCCGCCGUGGACUGGAAGCAGAAUAACGUGCCGAGGCGAGUCACGAAAAAAGACCAGCCCCUCCUAUUGUUAGUUUCAGCAAAGACAGUAUAUGUCUCACAUGUUGACCCGGGUUUAGAGGAGCUUUGCAAAUCUCAGGAAGACAGCCGGGUAAAUGAUGCUGAGUUUGCGCAGCCCCUCUGUACAGCUGUCCAAAUCGGCCUCGUAAACAUUCUGCGAGCAUGGGGAGUGACUCCAGAGUCUGUUAUCGGGCAUUCAAGCGGAGAGAUUGCUGCCGCCUACGCCUCUGGGGCGAUUUCUGUGCGCCUCGCAAUCAUCCUGUCCUAUUUCCGUGGUCAAGCAGCAAAAGCCGUGUCGGAGACUCGUUCCGGUGCCAUGGCUGCGGUUGCUCUGGCACCAGAUGAAGUACGAUCCUUCUUGAAGGAUGGCGUAAGCAUCGCCUGUGAAAACAGCCCGCAGAGUGUUACGAUCUCCGGUGAUGCAGAGACGUUAGACACGAUAAUCUCCGACAUACAAUCAGAAGACAAGAACAUAUUCUGCCGCAAGCUUGCAGUUAAUGUUGCAUACCAUUCACUUCAUAUGAAGGAAGCCGGCCAGACCUAUGAAGCAUUGAUAUCGCCAUACAUGACGUACAACAGUUCCAUGAUUCCAUUGUAUUCGACGGUCACAUCAACCACUAUGUCCGAGCCUUCGGAGCUGAACGCAGAUUAUUGGGUCCAGAAUCUGCAACGUCCUGUUCUGUUCAAUGGUACAUUCCAAAAGAUCUUGAACAGCGAGAGUAAAUCAAGGAUAUUCCUCGAGGUAGGACCGCACUCAGCUUUAUCUGGUCCCAUAAGGCAGAUAAUUCAUGGGCAUUCGGAUGCAGAAUCAAAAUCAACGGCAACCUACCUCCAUACUUUGCGUAGAGAAACAGAUGAGUGUGUCAGUCUCCUGCAGACUGCUGGCCAUCUGUACACGCAUGGUGUCCCGCUUCAGCUUUCUCUGUUCAUCCCCCACGGCAAGGUGAUAACUGACUUACCUCCCUACCCUUGGCAGCACGAAGACAAAUUUUGGAGCGAGACGCGGAUGGUGCGUGACUGGCGGUUGCGCGGCGAGCCUCACCAUGAACUCUUGGGAAGUCGGACGUUGGAGUCGAGUGAUUUGGAGCCGUCAUGGAGAAACAUGCUCCAACUAGUGGAUGUCCCAUGGCUUGGAGAUCACCGAAUCGGCGGCGACAUAAUCUUUCCAUGUGCAGGCUACGUUGCAAUGGUAGGAGAGGCAAUUCGGCAGGCAACUGGAUCGGAGGCAUAUUCCGUGAAGAACUUGUUCAUGCGGACUGCGUUAGUCCUCGACCCCUCUGGGACAACGGAGAUAAUCACCCACCUUCGGCCAACCAAGCUGUCUGAUAAUGUCGACUCUGUCUGGUAUGACUUCACGAUUACUGCGUUCCAUGAGGACACGUGGAAGAAGCAUUGCACAGGUCAGGUCAGGCCGGCUUCCGAUAAGGACUACAGUCCGGUAACCACGAAGACAUAUCCCAGGCCCAUCCAGUCCAAGAAGUGGUAUGAUGCCUUGGAGAAACGCGGUCUUGAGUAUGGAAUUCAAUUCCGUCGACUUGAGAAUAUCUCCGCUAGUCCGUCCACUCAUGACGCUGCCGCCAAAGUUCAAGACGAGGAGAGCUUCUACGCCAGCCACUAUGCUCUUCACCCCGUUCUAAUAGAUGUCUGCUUGCAAUUGCUCAGUGUGGCGGCCACGCACGGAAUCCCUCGUCGAAUGACGAGGUUGUGCAUUCCUUUGGCCCUUGAAGCACUCUACGUUGGCACUGGUCGGGGAACCUUUUCGCUGGGUGUUUCGUGUGAUCCCGAUGGUAGUAACCUGAGUGGCAGCGCAACGCUUACUUCCGAUGACCACGUUGUUCUUGACCUCCAGAAGGGGAUUUUCUUCGGCAUUCAGGACCCGGAUACGGGUAGAAAUAAACUCCCAACUUCAGCAGCGCUACACUGGACGCCUGACGUUGACUUCCUGCCUCCCGAGAGUUUGUUGCCAAACUACACCGUAUAUACCGAGGACGGCAAGGUUUUGAGCUUGAUGACGAAUGUCUUCAUAAUUGAGACUUAUCUUCGGACUAAAUCGUCCACUCCCAAAGCCGAGCAUCUGCAGAAAUGGAUAUCCAGGCUCAAGAAGGAAUACGAUUCCAUAUCAAAGAACGAGAAUCAUCUGCUCCCAGAAGCAAGAGACGCGUUUGUUCUUACUGACAACGAGCGACGAGCCAAAAUUGAAGAGCUGGAGACUAUUUGCAAAGAGGCCGGAUCGUAUCCAGCGUACCACCUAUACAAGAGUAUCCUGGACUCCGUCGACGAUCUCUUAGAAGAGCGAGUAGAGCCCAUUGAUCUACUGAUGGAAGAUGGCGGGCUCAAGGCAUUCUACGACGUACAAUCAGGCGAGAUACGUUGGGGUAGAUAUCUUUCACUACUGGGACACUCCAACCCCAGCAUUCGAGUACUAGAAGUUGGUGGAGGUACAGGAGGUGACACCGCUGUCGCCCUGAACGGCCUUACACCGGAUAACGAAAAUUGGCUGUAUUCGAAGUACACCUUCACUGAUAUCUCUCCCGGUUUCCUCGGCGAGGCCAAGGAACGGUUCAAAUCCUAUGGCAAUAUGGAGUACAAGACACUCGACAUUAGCCGAGAUCCCGUCGAGCAAGGGUUUGAAGAAGGUAGUUAUGACUUGGUGAUUGCUUCCAACGUCAUCCAUGCGACUCCGAAGAUUUCUGAAACGCUGGCAAACAUUAAGCGGCUACUUUCUCCGAGAGGGCGCUUAUUCAUGAUCGAACUGGCGUGCGCAUCGCCGUUCAUCGAAUAUAUCAUGGGGAUCUUGCCAGGCUGGUGGCUUGGAGAAGCCGAUGGGAGAGCAGAUAGGCCAUACAUCGAGUUAGAACGAUGGCACAAGGAGCUACUCGCCGCCGGGUUCACAGGAGUCGAUGUGUUCCAGUACGACAACCCGGAGCCAUACCACAUAAAUGCGCAUAUCUUGUCAAGACUCCCUCCCCCGCAAAUCACGGAGAAACGAGAAGUCUGUGUGCUUUAUAGAUCGAGUAUCACCCCCUGGGCACGGAGUCUGGUAGACGAAUUUCAGUCAUCGGGUCGUUCUGUUAGCUGGUAUAGCUUGGACCAGCCGCCUCCCUCUGGUUCCAAUAUCAUCUCGGUGAUCGACUUGGAAGGCCCAUUUCUUCACGAUAUCAGCGAGGACGAUUUCAACAAACUCAAGUCCUUCAUCGCAAGCAUCGAAAGCAGUCGUGUAUUAUGGAUCACACGGUCUGUUCAAGCGACAUGUGUCGAUCCAAGGUUCGGUCUUUUGCCAGGCCUCAUUCGAAACAUAAGAUGCGAGGUCACACCUCAUGUUGCAAUACUUGAGCUGGACACUAUCGACAAUUCUAGCUUACGACCUGCUAUUGAUGUAUAUGACAAGCUUCUUUCGUUCAAAGAGGGCAGUGGUGAUGCUCCGGAAUACGAAUUCUGCUUCAAGGACGGUGUCCUUCAAGUGCCUCGGUUCCAUUGGUCGUCAUUUAACGAUCAGAUGAAGAGUUCUCGCGGGCUUGAAGGUGCAAGGUGUCUGGAUAUCGACCUGUAUGCAAUGCUAGACACAUUGGUUUGGACGUGCUCUGCGUUGAAAGAGGAGAGUCUCGGCGAGGAUGAAGUGGAGGUUGACAUCAAGUAUGUCGGGCUCAAUUUCAGAGAUAUGAUGAUUCUCAUGGGCUUCAUGUCAUCCACGGCUGAGCUAGGAAUAGAAGCCAGUGGCGUGGUUCGUCGAAUAGGACCUGCAGUCAAAGAUCUUGCCGUCGGCGACAGAGUUAUGGUCGCCGGGAUAGGGUUGGCAAGCACCAGGAAGAUCGUCCCCUCCAGAUGCUGUCUGCCUAUCCCAAGUGAGCUGUCACUUGAAGAUGCUGCGACUGUAGUCUGUGUCUUCGCAACCGUGAUCUACUCACUUCUGAAUGUCGCGAACCUGAAGAAAGGUCAAUCGGUUCUGAUUCACUCUGCGUGCGGCGGAGUAGGCUUAUCAGCUAUCCAGAUCUGUGGGAUGAAGGAGGCCGAAAUAUAUGCAACAGUGGGAAACGAAGAAAAGGUGCAGUAUCUAAUGGAGAAUUUUGGAAUACACCGCGAUCACAUCUUCGAUUCGCGAAGCUCGUCGUUCCUCGAUGGGGUCCUCCAUGCUACCGAUGGAAAGGGGGUCGAUAUCGUUCUCAAUUCAUUGUCAGGUGAGCUUCUGCACGCAUCAUGGAAGUGCGUCGCUCCGCUAGGGAAGAUGUUGGAACUGGGCAAGAGAGACUUCCUCGGACAUGGAAAGUUGGACAUGGACGUGUUUGCUGAGAAUCGGUCUUUCAUGGGGAUCGAUCUGCUUGGAAUCAUGAAGCACCAGCCCGAUAUUUUCCGCGAGAUGAGUGAGGACAUCAUGAGCUAUUUCAAGCAAAAGAAGUUAGGGCCGAUUCGACCUGUGCAUGUCUACGAUGCGAUCAACGCAGAAAAAGCUUUCAGGUAUAUGCAAGGCGGGCAACACAUGGGGAAGAUUGUCAUCAAAAUGCCAGACCAUCCAUCGGAGCUCCCCAUGUCCCGAAUGCAUGAGACGGCACGCUACUUUUCGCCAGAUGUAUCCUAUCUGUUAGUUGGUGGCCUUGGAGGACUGGGUCGUGCUGUCGCCACCUGGAUGGCUGAGAAAGGGGCAAAACACAUUAUCUUUCUCUCCCCAUCAGGUGCACACACAGCCGAGCGUGAGGCAUUCGUGAAGAACCUGGAAAGUCAGGGUUGCCAUGUCGUGGUUGUCAUGGGCAGCGUCGCCAACAUUGACGAUGUCAAGAGAGCCGUCUCGAGCGCAAUGAAGCCCCUUGCAGGCGUUAUACAGUUGUCAAUGGUUCUAAGGGACCAAGGAUUGCUGAAGAUGAGCUACGAGGAGUGGACUACGGCCCUUACUCCAAAGGUCAAGGGAACAUGGAACCUGCACAAUGUCCUUAAGGAUGUGCCCCUGGAAUUCUUCGUCCUUAUAAGUUCCAUCACUGGGCUUUACGGCUGGCCCGGACAAGCAAAUUACGGCGCAGCGAACACAUUCCUCGACGCCUUUGUCAAAUACCGCCAAUCGCUGGGAAUGGUGGCAAGUGUCAUUGACCUCGGUCUCAUGGCUGAUAUCGGAUAUGUUUCGGAAGCUGCACGCACAGAGACUUUCGAUUUGGCGCGCUCGAAUUCUUUGCAGACUUUGGAAGAAAGGCAGUUUCUCCAAGGCCUGGAGGCAGCAAUCUUCGCCGACAAAUUCAACUCUCCCAGCCAGAUAGCGGUGGGAUUGGGAACUACAAAUCUGUCGCCAAAGUCCGACAACAUUGGAAAACUGACAAAGGACCGACGGUUCACCAUCUGGAAAAACAUCCUCUCUAGUAUGGAUCAAGCGCCAGCCAACCCCAAGGGUGAUCAAUUGCGGGCCUAUUUGGAAACCGUGAAAGAGAACCCGGAGUUAUUAGAUGACCCCGAAACAGAAGCCAAGAUUGUGACAGAGCUAGACUCCUUGAUGACAUUUGAGAUUCGGACAUGGUUCCGUGGGCAUGCCAAUAUCGAGAUCUCUCUCGGGGAGGUCUCCAACGCAGGGACUGUCGGUGGACUCGCAAAGGUCGCCAUCAAAAAGCUCCGUGAAAAAUACCGUUCGCCGAAGGCUCAGGCUGAAGGCGAGGAAGAGGCCCCACAGGAGACAGAGGAUCCCGAGGACACUUAUCGGGAGGAUAUUACGCUGGGACGAGCGAUACAACCAAUCUCGGGUUCUGCUCCAGACUGGUUGUCUGAAUCUGAAGGGCGAGUGUUCCUCACCGGUGCAACAGGCUUCGUCGGUGCCUUUUUCUUGGAGCAAUUGAUGCGGGUACCGCAGGUCAAGGCCAUCGCCUGUCUGGUUCGUACGAAUGAUCCAGAAACAGGAAUGGCUCGCAUAAAGAAGACAUUCCAGACAUUUGGUCUCUCGAUGUAUCCUGGAUAUCAGUCCAAGAUCACCGUUAUCCCAGGCGAUUUUACAAAAGAAGGCCUUGGUCUCUCACAAGAAACGUUUGAUUACAUGGCAGAAUGGUCCAGCGUUAUAUUCCACUUCGCUGCUUACUCGAAUUACCUGCUUCCAUAUUCGAUGCAUAGACAGGCUAAUGUGCUGGGCCUUCUUGAAGUGCUCCGGUUUGCUAACAAUCAGCGGCUCAAGGCACUCCAUUACUGUUCGAGUAUUUCCGCCUGUGGGCUUCCCAAAGAUCCAUCGACUGUGCUAGUGGAAGACGAGAGACCUCUACUGGAGCAUCAUGAGUUCAAAGAAAGCAUCGGGUAUACCAGGAGCAAGUUCGUCGGGGAGAAUAUCAUGUGGAACGCUAUAGACAACGGAUUCCCGAUCAGCAUCUACCGGCCGUCGGUCAUCACCGGGCACUCUGUGACAGGAGUAUGUAAGGAAGAAGACAUGAUCAACCGUCUGUUCUCCAACUGCGUCCGCGCGGGAGCCUAUCCACAGCCACCGAACCAUCCUGCACAUAUUGUGCCUAUUGACUUUGUUUGCUCGACGAUAUUGGCCGUAUCUAUGCGCCCUGACAGUAUCGGCCAUGCGUUCAAUGUGAUCCAGCCCGACCAGAGUGAAGUCCCCAGACUUGAAGACCUGUUCCAGAUUCUGAAUCGACUCACCCCCGUCCCCAUGCGCUGCGUCUCUAGCGCUGACUGGAUCGAAAAGUACUCCGAGGUGAAGGAUCUCCAGGUGAAAGUCAAGGCGCAGAUAGUGACGCCGCAGCUAUCCCAGCGUGCCCUUUACUGGGACAAUUGGAACUACGCUACCACGUAUAGCACGGAAAAUUUACAGCGAGCCCUCGCUGACAAGCCCAAUGUUCUUCGGAUGAAACCUAUGCCCGAACUCUUCGAAGCGUACUACAAGUACUGGACGAGAAAUGACUAG